AGCUUUAUUGCAGACGCUGUGAUUUUCAGUACGCCACAGGUAAAAGGAGGAGAAGUCAAGGACGCUGUUGCUGUCGGAAGGGAGUGAGAACUGUCCCUGAAAAUGUUGUGAAGCAGCGAUUUGUUGAAGUUCCUAGCUGCUUUGGAGUAUUAUGCUGGUGGAGUGCAAAGGGGAACUUGACAGGAUUGUUAGUACAGGCAGAAAUGAUAAUAUAGAAAAAGCUUUAUCAGCUCCAGAGGCAAUACAGAAGAAUUCCUUUUAUGUCUUUCCUUGGUUUGGCUUGGAUAUUGGAGGGACCUUGGUCAAACUUGUUUAUUUUGAACCAAAGGACAUCACCGCUGAAGAGGAGGAGGAGGAAGUGGAAAAUCUCAAAAGCAUCCGCAAAUACCUGACAUCAAACGUAGCCUAUGGAUCUACAGGCAUUCGGGAUGUGCACCUUGAACUAAAGGACCUUACCCUGUGUGGACGUAAAGGCAAUCUGCACUUUAUACGCUUUCCUACUCAUGACAUGCCUGCUUUUAUUCAAAUGGGAAGCGAAAAACACUUCUCAAGCCUCCAUACUACCUUAUGUGCCACGGGAGGUGGAGCGUACAAAUUUGAGCAGGACUUUCUCACAAUGGGUGACCUUCAGCUUUGUAAGCUAGAUGAACUCGAUUGCCUUAUUAAAGGAGUUUUGUACAUUGAUUCAGUUGGAUUCAAUGGACAUUCAGAGUGCUACUAUUUUGAAAACCCGACGGAUGCUGAAAGAUGUCAGAAGCUCCCAUUCAACUUGGAGAAUCCGUAUCCUCUCCUUUUGGUGAACAUUGGCUCAGGGGUCAGCAUUUUGGCUGUGUAUUCAAAAGAAAACUAUAAACGGGUAACGGGCACCAGCCUUGGAGGGGGAACCUUUUUUGGUCUCUGCUGUCUUCUUACCGGAUGCUCCACCUUUGAAGAGGCCCUAGAGAUGGCGUCCCAUGGAGACAGUACCAAAGUGGACAAACUAGUGCGGGACAUUUACGGAGGAGACUACGAGCGAUUCGGAUUGCCGGGCUGGGCUGUAGCUUCCAGCUUUGGAAACAUGAUGAGCAAGGAGAAGCGGGAAUCUGUCAGCAAAGAGGACCUGGCGAAGGCUACUUUAAUAACCAUCACUAAUAACAUUGGCUCCAUAGCACGGAUGUGUGCACUUAAUGAGAACAUUAAUCGAGUGGUUUUUGUUGGCAAUUUCCUUCGGAUCAAUACAAUCUCGAUGAGGCUUCUGGCAUAUGCUUUGGACUACUGGUCGAAGGGACAGUUAAAAGCACUUUUCUUGGAACAUGAGGGUUAUUUUGGUGCAGUCGGUGCUCUUCUGGAACUCCUGGAUUCAGCCUGACGCUGUGCAGAUUCUGUACGUUGGACCUAUAAAGUCAGGGCACUUCCUGGGUCACUAAGCCCCACGUUUCACUUCAAAGCAUCCGUUCGCUGACUGUUAGACUAAUUGUGCGUGACCUAAUCAGAAAAGGAGAGGACUGUUGUGUUUCUGUCUGUAAACAGUUGAAACCAAUCUUUGAUUACAGCGCAGGUUUGUUCAAAAGGAGCAUAUAUAUGCAAAUACGCUGACCGAAGGUGGCGGCUGUAUCUGGAACAUCUGUAGGGCAUUCAGUCGCUGACAUCCAAUAGCCCUUUUUAUGUAGUCUUCUACAUAUGUUUAAUGGUGGUGACAUAAUAGAAGGCAUGCACUCUAUUCCCUCCAUCAAGAUUCCUUUGAGUGCUCAAUGUCUACCCUGUUCACAGUUUAUAGAGCUCAGCUGCAGCGUUUUACGUUCCGCAAAUGAAAGGCAUCGUGUUUGCAGUAUGCUGUAAAUUGUCUGUAAAGGGGGAAGAACAUCAGUGCAGCCCUGGCAUGUAAAAAACCAUACGGACCACUUCUGUCUCCUCUGAGCCAUCCAUGGGCCUGUCGAACACCGCUGUGCUAUCAGUGAGACUUUAUUCCUCUUACCGCGGUUUCUUAUCUAUGUAUACAGAUUAUUAGAGAUGAAAGGUAAGGCACGAAUCCCGUCUCUCUGGUUGAUUCCGAUUUCAGCCCGUAGCACUUCUAUGCAGACCACGAUUUCAGCCCGUAGCGCUUCUAUGCAGACCACAGUACCCUCUGGGAUAUGCCACAGUGCUGGCAUAGUGUUAGGAGUGUCUGUCAAUCUCUGACCUUGAGAUCUGCUAAAGGCAAAUUUGAGGAUGAAAUAGUGGGGUUGUUUGUUUGUUUGUUUCUCUGUUAUAAAACUUGGCUGCAUAUAACUAUACCAAAGAGAUUAUUUUUUUCAGUCAUACACUUGGGAUCUUCUCUGUUGCAUUUUCUGUUUAUUAAUUGCUAAACUAAUGUAGUUUCGGGGGAAACCUCUCCUUCCUGUAUGCAUGCCGUACUCUUCUCUUUUUUUCUGUGCGUGCCAUCUUGCAUACAGCCUGCAAAUCUGGGUUGCUGCAGUUUGGAACCCCUAAAGAUCUUGAGGAUGUGGAUGUAGAAAUGACUUACUGCACACUGAAUAAAUGAUCUCUCAAAACAACAGAGACGCUGAUAGUGGACAGCAGUUUAAAAAAGAAAAGCAGCACGCAUACGGUUUGUAAUCUGACCUUCCUUCCUCGUGUCUCUGCUUUGCCCUCCUCUUUGCAGAAAUUCUUCCCAGGCUGGGAUCUUGUGUUACGAAAGAUCUUUAGCGAGAAGGGUGUUGGUGUUCUCUUUGCCGUGCCACUAGCAUCAGUUACUUCAGUGUAACUGCACUCCAGUCAGUGUGAAAGAGCUGCUUUUCUGCAGAGCCAUCUGCACCUUCCCUUGAUGAUGUCAGCUAAAUGGAGAUACUACUUCAGAGUGUUCCCUGCGGUACGGUGCUCUGGCUCUCCAGCUGAGCAGCUCAGCGGUACGUAGAAGCCGUCCUUCCGUGAGUGGAGUGAAGCGGUCUUUCGUGAAAUGCAAGUGCAGAUCAGUUCAUACUUGUUGGGGUUUGUCCCAGGACACCGGAAUGACUUGUCGUCCUGACUCAAACACAGCUUUUAAAGUCAUGGUUUCCUUUCAGAUAAGUUGAUUUUCAGCUCUCUGAUCCUGAUGCACAUUUUGAUGAUGGAUGGUGCCGCUGGACACCCCGUGCCGGUUUGGUAGUUUGCAGUUUGGCUGCAGUAACGCGCAGUAGCAGUGCAGCAAAUCGCGUCUGGCUUUACCUGUUGCAGCCCGAGACCCGAGGACUUGCAAGGUGCUCCGCAGCUCACUGGGUUCAUUGUGUGGUACCUGCCUCUCUUUUGGGCCUGAAAAGGGAAGAAACUACGGAUUUGGAAGAUGUACUCUUUGCUAGAUUAGAUCCUGUGUGGUAUUUCUCUAAAGCCAGCCCUGUCAGCUUUGCUGGGUGAGCGUUCCAGACAGCAGACACAGCAUAAAGCAAGGCAUUGCCUCAACUUCAGUUAACUGUGGGCCUGGAACUUCCUCAGUGCAUCCAGUAAUUUGACAACAACAAUAAAACAGGGGGGAAAAAAGAGAGCAGUGUUGAUGUGAAAGGUAAUCUUUGCAGCGUGCUGUCUGCGGAAGAACAUUUGUGUGCUUUUCCUGCACCAUAGUGCAGGUUUCAGUCGUAUCCCGCUCUGUGUUCAAUAUAAUGGGGUACUUUUAGAGGUAAGGGGGUUGAGCAGGAUAAUACAGAAUCGUGGUGUGGUUUGUACUGAAAAGGACCUUCAAAGAUCAUCUAGUCUAACCCCCCACCACGGGGAGGGACACCUUCCACCAGACCAGGUUGCUCAGAGCCCCGUCCAACCUGGCCUUGAACACUUCCAGGGUUGGGGCAUCCACAGCUUCUCUGGACAAAUUGCAUCUGAGACCUCAUUUAUUCUUCACUUCUUGUGAAAUCACAUGAAAGAUACCCCAAGUAGGUGCAUUAAAACCAACUCCACUUUUGAAUUGUUGAUUGUCAGUUUUCUAGACUUGACUUAACUCUUUCUCUACCAUAUAAAAUGUAAUACACAGCACAUGUCUGGCUGCCAUUUCAGCCAGGUCACCCACCCUCGCAGUCAAAACUCAGGCCCUGCUUUGACUCGUGGAAAAGAAACAGAAACACGCUUUGGCUUUUUGAAAUGUCCUCGUGCCCAGGACCCGCUUCGCUCCUUGGUCUGAUACUUCAGUGAUGCACUGGGCUGGUGUGGGCUUAUCGGGUUUAAUUCGUCCCGGGGAUUUUACACAGACAGCGUCGGUGCGGGGAGGGUACGUAAGCCACCUCUGAAUCCUUGUCAUACACAGAAGAAGGGCUAUUUUUUUUUAAUAGCAGUAGCUUUUGGGAGCUGAAGACUGACAGAAGGAAGAAGCGACCUUGAAAUGAUUUUGUGGUGCGGAGGGAAGCUGUGGAGAGCUGAGGAACCUCCUCAGAGCUGAGGAACCUGCAGCCUGGUCCAGGAGAAGUCCCUGCGCUGAGGCGCUGGAGUAGGUGCCCGGCUGGUGUCCCUGGGAGCAGCAUCCCGCGGGUUUUCCCAUGUUCGUUCUGCGCGCUUGUGCGUCUUACUCCUUUUUCUGUGGAUUUUGAGUAGAUCCUGUGUGGUCUGAUGUCCAACGCCAAAGUCCCCAAUGUACUGUGUGUAUUUUUUUGUAAAUUGUUUUUCUUCUUGUAAUAAAAUAUUACAGUUAUUUUUA